CCGGGUCCCGCCCCCACCCUGGGCGGGGCCGCACCUUGGCCUGCCGCGGGCCUACCUUCCCCGGAACCCGGGGGCCCAUGGCUGCCGCGGCAGCGCCCUGGGGGUGGCCGUCGGGAGAGGCCCGCGCGCUCGGCCGGGCUGUGAGGCGGCUGCAGCGCCUGGAAGGGCAGUGCGGGGAUCCCCGGCUUGCCUCCAGCCCCCCCUCGCUGCGAGACGUGCUGCCCCGCAUCGUGCAGCUGCUGCGCCAGGUGGCCCACGCCCGGCGGGCGGCCGGCGGAGGCGGCCCCGAGGGUCCCGGUGGUGCGAGGGACUUUCUCAUCGUCCACCUUCACAACCUGGAGGCCAAGAGCAGGCAGGUGGCGGCACUGCUGCCACCCCGGGGUGAGAGGACUGCCAACGACGAGCUCUUCCGGGAGGGCUCCAGACUCAGGCGACAGCUGGCCAAGCUGGCCCUCAUCUUCAGUUACAUGCACGCGGAACUGGGUGCACUCUUCCCCAAGGGAGAGUACUGUGGGCACACCUACCAGCCCACCAAGGCGCAGGCCCAUGCCUUCUGGAGGGAGCACUGUGGAGCCCGGUGUGUGCUGCCCUGGGCUGAGUUUGAGUCACUCUUGUGCACCUGCCACCCAGUGGAGUCAGGCUCCACAGCCCUGGCCUUGCGCUCCACCAUUAACCUCACCUGCAGUGGCCACGUGUCCAUCUUCGAGUUUGACAUCUUCACCAGGCUCUUCCAGCCGUGGCCAACACUCCUCAGGAACUGGCAGCUCCUGGCGGUCAACCACCCGGGCUACAUGGCCUUCCUCACAUAUGAUGAGGUCCAAGAGCGUCUGCAGACCUGCAGAGACAAGCCAGGCAGUUACAUCUUCCGACCCAGCUGCACUCGCCUGGGUCAAUGGGCCAUUGGAUACGUGAGCUCAGAUGGCAGCAUCCUGCAGACCAUCCCUCUCAACAAACCCCUGUUCCAAGCACUCCUGGAUGGACAAAAAGAAGGCUUCUACCUCUACCCAGACGGGAAGAACCACAACCCAGACCUGACUGAGCUCUACCAGACGAAACCCCAUCCCUACAUCCGUGUGUCAGAGGAGCAGCUGCAGCUCUACUGGGCCAUGGACUCCACGUUCGAGCUCUGUAAGAUCUGCGCGGAGAGCAACAAGGAUGUGAAAAUCGAGCCCUGUGGGCACCUGCUCUGUAGCCGCUGUCUGGCCGCCUGGCAGCACUCGGAUAGCCAGACCUGCCCCUUCUGCCGCAGAGAGAUCAAGGGCCAAGAGGCCGUGAGUAUCCAAUUCCAAGUGAGGCCAGCGGAAGCCAGGGCCACUGCUGAGCACCUGAGAGAUAGCAGUGACCAGGAAGAUGAGGAGGAGGAGCUGGGACAGGUGGUUUCCUCAGCACCCCCACAGCCCCCUCAGCUGAGUGUGUCUCCCGCUAAAGGCCGGCUGAAAGUGGAUUUUCCAAGCCCCUGGCCUGCUGGGGAGGGGCCCGUCUCUGCUAGCGUCUCAGGCCAAGCACACGCAAGAUUCAAUCAAUACAGGGCUGUCUUCAAACAAACAGCUCAGGAAGUCCGGGAACACAAUUCGACCGCAGCAAACAAGCACCUCUGGCCCUCCCCAGGCUUCCGGGCCCUCUUUCCUUUCCAAGAAUUAAGACUGAGGCACCUCUGGCCCUCCCCAGACUUCAGGGUCCUCUUUCCUUUCCAAGAAUUAAGACUGUGGAGUUAGCUCCGUGGCAAAUCACCUCCAGCCCUCAGGCCAGGGAGGAAGCCCCGGGAAACACCUAAGGGAAAAGUCAUCCCUCCAGCUGUGCCUGAGGGUCCCGUGAUUCCCUGCCCAGGCCACCACAGCCCCAGCCAGGUUCCCUCCCUGGGCCUGGCCCUGCUUUUCCCCCAACCCGGGCUGGGAUACCAUCUAACCCACCUCUCUUUCUGCCUCGCAGGGCCCCAAAUGUGCUGCUAAAGGGAGCCCUGGGGCUGGAAGGGGUUUCUGAAUAAUAAACUGCCAAACCUGGUUGUCCUCA